AUGUCAGAACUACUUUUUAAGGUGAUCAUAAUAGGUGAUGCUACCGUAGGAAAAACAAGCUUUGUCAAACGUUAUGUAAAUAACCAUUCAGGACCAGGACGGGAGUAUAAACCAACUGUAGGAGGUAGGUUGUGCCUGAUCACGUCUACAAUUUUUCUAGGAAUUUUUUAUUUUCUUAGACGAGCCGGAUUUAUUAAUUGUCUGUCAAAAACUUCUAUGAUAGCUUUAAACUGAGAUUGUCUUGCCCUUCUUUGGUGCACUAAAAUAAGGACUUAAGUCGGUCAAAGUACAGUAAACAUUUCUAAGUUGUACAUUUGACAUGUCUUGAAUUGAAGAACAAAUAAUUCCCUCACGAAACUUCUUUGAGGUAUUGUGUGCAUUUCGGUGGAGGGGUCAUUUGGUCAUUUCCUGUUAUGCGUUAACUGGAGAGAUGUUGAUUUUCCAGGUUAUUAAUAAUAGAAAGAGUCCGAAUUUUUCGAGUUGAACUAUUGAUGUCAUGGAAAACGUUUAGUUGGUGGUUGGGGUGGUCUCGCGAUGAUGGCACCACAAUUUUUAUUGGUGCCAAGAUGUUUCUGUAUUUGUUUUUCUGUGUUUAUAACCCAUGAUACACAGUGUUUAAAUAUACCAUAAAAAUGCAGUGUUCCUUGUCAUGCGAAGUGGAAGGGGUACCUUUUUGGUCCUAAAUAAAAUCUCCACGGAGAACAAGCACUUAUUACACACUUCCGAGUUAAAUCUGUAAUCUCCGCCAAAUAUUUUUGUUAUCUUUUCUGUAUCUUUGUUGCAGUUGAUUUUGCUUUGAAAGUCAUCAAAUAUUCAGAUGAUACUACAAUACGACUUCAGGUGGGUAGUAUUUUUAUAAUUAGCAACAAAUUAUCGAACUGAUAAUUUUUUAAAUAUUUACAAAUUUAACCCUUUAACUUCUAAGAUUACAUUAGAAAUUCUCCUUACUGUCUGCCAUACAAUUCAUAUGAUAUUAGUUAGGAGAAUUUGGAAUUGGAUCAACCAAUAAUCCCUCAAUUGGUAAUUUUCUUUAUUCUCACUACUUGUCUGCUUGAUAUUAAACUGAUAGUGUAAGGAGAAAUUCUGUCUAGGUCACUAGUGGGACUUAAAGGGUUAAUAAAGAUAGUUUAAAAUAAUUUUGAUUUUUUUCUGAUUUUUUCAGACUCACACAAUAGGCCUUGCCAAAAAGGAGGCACUACUCCUAAUCUAUUUUGUUUUUAAGUACAUUUGCACUUCAUUUUGCUUUAUUCCACACUAAUUUUCCCUUUUUUUUUUGUUUCCAAAAUUUGAAUGAUUCAUGAAUGUGAAUCCUUACAUGGUUAUACAGUUGUGGGAUAUUGCUGGUAAGUUGACAAUUUUUUUCCCACAUUUUAACUAGAAGAAAGUGAACCUUUGAGCAGAGGAUAAUUUACUCAACUUUUUACCUCCAAGAUUUAAUUAUCAAUUUCACAUCAUCUGCCAUACUUUUAGCAGUCAGUAAGAGAAGUACCCUUCACCAUCUCACCUCUCACCUCUCACCUCUCACCUCUCACCUCUCACCUCUCACCUCUCACCUCUCUCCAUAUCCCUUUAUCCCUCCCCCUAUGAGUUAACCUAUACACCUCACCCCUGCCCUGCCCUGCCCCUUUCUUGAUCUGUCAGUCAUGCAGGUUUUGUAAGGGCCUCCAUAUACAUGUAAAAAACAGUUAUCUGUCAACUCUUAUUUGACAUAAACUGUUUAACCUCUACACCCUAACAUCAAUAUGCAUAUUCUCCACACUUUUCUUAAUAUAUUUCUCAAGGUGUAAACAAGAAGAAAAUUUUUCAACAGUUAAGGGCUAUUUAAUUGUUGAUCAUUUCCUUUAUUCUCCUGACCUUAAUGUGUGAUUCAGGGAUGAUAUUGUAAGGAGAAAUUAGAUGUUAGUCACAAUUAAGGGUCAAAGAGUUGAGAACUAAUUAUUAUUCUGACUUAAUGAACAUCAACAAUUUUCAGGGCAGGAAAGAUUUUCAUCAAUGACAAGAGUCUACUACAAGGGAGCUGCAGCUUGUGUCAUAAUGUUUGAUCUGACCAGUCAACAGACAUUUAAUAGUACAAUAAAAUGGAAGAGAGACCUGGAUAGCAAAUGUACACUUCCUAAUGGAAAGACAAUCCCAUGUAUAUUAGUAGGAAAUAAAGUGAGUUAUAUACCAAUCAACACAAUUGAUUUAGUAAAUAGAUUCCAUUUUGCCACGCAUCUUUUCAGUAAUGUGAUGAGAACAAAGAAGUGGGACACAAGGCACAAGUGACUGGCUUACUAACUAGUGUUAUGUUAGAGUAAUACCAUGUCAUCUUGCUGUAAGAGGUUAUCCAGUUGUAAUAUUUGUCUUUACUAGGGCCUGACGUGAAAACUCAAUAACUGCUCCAUUAUGAUUUAUAGAUAUGGUUAUUCCUGCUUUCAGUUGACAUCUCUUUGGUUAAAUUCUAUAAUUCAAAUUUCACCAUUUUUCUUUUCAUUUAAUCUUCAGAGUGAUUUAUCAAGCACAAGACCCAUUGAGAAAGAAGCAAUUGACAAGUUAUGUAAAGAAAAUGGCUUCUUGGGUUGGACAGAGAUGUCAGUCAAAGAAGAUGUCAAUGUAUCAGAGACAAUGGAGUAAGAAAAGAUCUUUUUUUUUUUUUUUUUUCAUCUUCUAUGUUAAAAUCUUCUUGCCUUCAAUGCAUUUUGGCAUGGAUACUUCCUAGAUAAACCACUCAGCUGAUAUAUGAGUGUUGUCAAUGGGAGGGAGAGAUGGGGGUUCUGAUCCUGAUUCAUGGAUGAAUGUUAAGCUUAGAAAAAAUUUAAAUGUUACAUCUAUUUUUGAAAGUAUUUCAUCUCACAACUUUAAAGGGAAAACUUCAAAUCUCACCUCACCUUGCCUUAUUGAAAAAUUAAUGUGCCAGAAAUUAAUAAUUUAUUUAUUUUGGGCUCAAUCGUGCUUCGCCUAAAAAACUUUUGCUACCCUUGUAUGUUUAUUCCAUCAUUAUCUUCUCACUGGAUAAGAGAUUGAUGAUUUGAGGAGAUGUUACAAGUUUUCACUUCAGGUACAGUGUAGUGAAGGGGUCAUGUAACCAUUAAUUUCUACUUGAAUUAUUUUUCCAGAUACUUAUUAGCAGAACUGUUAGACAGCUGUAAAAACAAUGAAGAAAAAGUUGCUCAGAACAACACCAGUACUGAUCAAGGAGGAUUUAUUGAACUCACAAGUCACAGGAUCACUAAAGAAAAUGCCAGCAGAUCAGGAUGUUGUUAAGUUAGCUCAUAAAAAAUAGAAUAACUGAUCAAGAUUUCUGUUUGAUUUUUUAACUGGUUAUAGUGAAUUCAUCCCUCCUUGUACCAUGUGGGAGAAUUUUAUAGAGUGAUAUAUCAAGGGUAGCCUGACUGUAUAUCAAGCAUAUUUUUUCAAAAGUGAAUGAUUAUUUUUUGAGGAAUUGUUGAAGCCACCAUGUCAGAAUUUUAAUAGUAAGAAAUCAUGGAGUGGGUGAAAAAAAAGUCUACUUGCUAGUGGGGGUGGGGAGGGUGUACCAGUGAAGGGUAAAGGGUCCAAACCCUUUCACUCCCACACUGGUUUUUUUUUUUUUCACCAGGCCUCCCUCCUUCUGCCCUUUCAUCAUGGGGUCAUGGGAGGGGGUUGAGGAGUGUACUACUGAAGGGUAAUGGGGUCCCAACCCUUCCACUCCCACACUGGUUUUUUUCACCAGGCCUCCCCUCUUCUGCCCUUUUAUGGGGUGGUAGGGUAUAAUGCAUAUGUGUGAUUAUCAUGUAACCAUCUAAAUUAUGUUUUUGUUACAGGAAAAAAGGUAUAGAGGGUGGGAAAUCAUUAAUUUAGUUUUAGGGAAGAGGGUUUUAUAGAAAAUAAAAUUAAUGAUAAUGUAUAUAAUACAGUUUAUAUCAGUGUUUCAGGAAAAGUAGGCAAUAUGCAUUUGUGCAUGUUUACGCAGAGCUUACACUAAUAAUGUUUGCAAUGAUCUUGAUUUGCUAACCAAGCACAGUCGAUCAUACCAACCAUUAAGGAAAUUUUGAGUCGUCACCAGUGCUUUCAAGCAGGCUGUAUUCAAUCUUUCAUUCCAGGCAUAAAAUCAUUUUCCCCUAAAAUUUGUCAAUAGUUUUUAAGAAGUGUCAUUGUUUUGCAUGAUAGUGGUUUUCACUCAGCUUUGUUUUUUGAGUGCUCAUUAAAUACUAUAGCAUGUAAAAUCUACACAGUCUGCUUGCUGAAUACAAUUACAUCACAAGGUUGAUUUUUUUUUAAUUUAAAUGUCUUCUAUUUUAUAAAAUAAUGAUUAAACAUACAAAGUAAAAAAUGAAGAUAUUUAUAUUAUGGAAAAAGAAUUGAACAAAGAAAGUUUAUGCAGCUGAUCAGUCAAUUCAAUGAAGUGAUUUGCAGUUGUUAUAAAAUAAUAAGGAAUUGCCUAAAAAUUUAUUUAAAAAAUUAUAACUUAGGCACAUGCAUACAGAGAUUUUCCACAUACAAUUAAGAUAUUAUUAAACGUUGUUAUACAGUUUUGUCUGGGGUCUUAGAUUCUUUAUACAUUCCUAGUUUAAUAUGACCUGGAUUACAAUGCAUGUAAUGUUAUAUUUUUUUUAUUCUUGUCACUUAUCUGCUUGAUAUUGCAUUGAUAUUGUUAGGAGAAAUUCUGCCUUGGUCACUCAUGGGAGUUAGAGGGUUAAGGUGCUGAUGAGAAGAAUUUGUUUAUCGAUCAAGAGCUCCUCAAGUUGAUCAUUUCCUUUAUUCUCAUGACAUUGAUGUUUGAUUCAGGGGUGAUAUUGUAAGGAGAGAUUAGAUCCAAGUCACUUCUAGAGGAAUGCGAGAGCAUCAAUACCUGUUCAUCCAUCUGUUUUGUGUGACCAAUUUUUCAUUUAAGUCAAUUUGGUGGUAAAUAAGAUAUUUGAAUAGAGAUCAUUGGCAGAAAUUAUUUGAGGGCUAAAAUUUAACUUGAAUAGCUCCAAGAUUGUUUUUCUUUAAUUUUGUGCAUGAUCAUUUCUGUAGAACAUUGCAGCUAAAAUACUUCUCUCUCUGAUAGACCUGAGGGGGGGGGGAGGAGGGGAUGAUGUAGAACGAGGUCCGUAUGAUUGUCAUUUUCUUUAGAUGUUAGUACUUUUUCUGGGACUAAAGGAGUAUGCACAUUCAGAUCCAAUAGCCUCUACCCAUAUCUUUGCCAUUCCCAUUUCUCACCUGAUAUCAACUAACGCGGCAUUUCGCAUCUGGUGUCAUUACGAUUUGAAUCGAAAAUAUAAACAAAAUAGAAAGACGACUCGCUGUGAGAAAUUUUAAAGGCAAGAGUGUAACGCAAUAAAACUGCCUGAUUGCAGUUGGUGCAGCCCGCUGACUACAAUAACAUUUCCACUACUUCCGGAUGCUACCCGUCUUUUUUUCAUUAAUAUUGCGAAGCAUCCUCGACAAUUUCGUACGCAUCAGAAGUAUUUUCGGGCGAAGUUUAUUUCUAGUAUGUCCAAGUUCCACAAAAGUGUAGGAAAUUUUUGGCAUCUUGUUGCUAGCGAUUAUGCUAACGUGCAAAUUGCGCCAAAUGAAGGUAAAGAAAAUAUUUAUUAACCAGCCGCCUGUUGCUGAUUAAGUUCAUUUACGGUACUGUUUCUUGAGUUUGCUGUAUUUGGCAGAUUAACGUGUCACAUUCAAAAGUACAUUAUAGAUGCAACGCAGAGUUUUUCCUCUGACACUUCUUAUGCCGAAUGCCAAAGUCUAAAAACGAAACUAUCCAUCGCCCCCCUCAAAAAAAAUUUGAAAUAAUCAGGGGUUUGUUAAAUGAACGAUUUUUUACGGUCAUAAAUUUUUCUUUAAAAUUUAUUUUAGGUGUUUAUCAUACCUGAGUUUUGUCACCUUUAUUGAUAAGGGAAGGCUUCAAAACAACUGAAAGUAAAGCACCUUUUUUUUUCAUUUCUUUAAUAAUCUUUUCUCCAGUGCACUUCGCUAAUUUGGACGUGGAAAGGUUGCCUCUUGGUUAACCGGCUCCCCCUCCGCUCAGUAAGCAAUUCGUUCUGUAGGGCGGUCCCUCCAUCAGAAGACUAAACCGCUCUAGAGAACAGGUUAAUAGUACAUGUCAGUGAUGAGACUUUGAAGUUAUUUUUGGAUUUUGGCAUUUUCUGCUGACCAGUUAUUAAUGCCCUUCACUUUCGCUUUCGCUUCCGCUUUAAGUACUGUUCGCUUGUAACUGUCGAAUGGUCUGUAGAUUUGUUAUUUCAGUUUUACGUGCAGUUUUCGGUUGGAAUACCUUCCAGCAUGCCCAAAUACAAUAUAAAAAUAGGCAAAUGUGAUGGCGCUGUCUUAAUUGGGGAUAGUGCGAAUUUGACAAUUGGGGCGACCCAAGGUAAGGUUUGUCACCACAAACAUUUCGUUCUACAUCGAGUUUGUCUUAUACAAUACGGUUUGGCUUCGCGAUCGAACGUUCCCCCGUGAAGGAAAGGUUUUAUAGAAAAUUUGUGAUGUAAGUCUGACAUGGGAAAGCCAUUUAAAUGCUACCUUGAAGAAGGCGGCUUAUCAGUCAGACAUGCUCUUCCUAACAGGAUGUAGGACGAAAUCAUUAUACCAUUUCGCCGGGGCGUUACAAUAUUUCUUUUAGCCCUUACUUUAACUGAAUUUUCCCACUUACGUUAUUUUUCAUAGGCAACUUUUCUUCCUAUUUAUCUUACUCGAGCUAGAUCACUUGAACCAAACCUCGCAAAUGCAUCGAUGCAGGUUUAACAAGGUAAAUUCAAGUCGAAGAAGAUCAAAGGAAUUUUGAGUUAUUAAAUCCGCGUGAAGUUUAUUCCAUUUUGUUGAUCACGCUUGUUUUAUUCUUUAAUUUCACUUUAAUCUGAAACAAGCGAAAUAAUUAGUACAAACUAGGUGAAAAAGAGGAAUCAUGAAGAAGAAAUGAAAAAAACCCCUUUCACAUUUCUUGAAAUAGCAGCUAAUUUCACAUAGAUAGGGAUUGCACACGUUGGGGUCAAAGUUGAGGCAUGGGCAGGGGAUCAAUCUUGGGUGCCAGCAUGCCAAUUUCCCAGACAAAAUUUCUUAGAAAUACAUAAAAAAAAAAAAAAACAACCACUGUCUGGUAAACAUAAGCGAACGAAAAUUUAAACGUUCAUUAACAUCUGUGAGGGAAAAGAAAAGUAGGAAAUAGGAAAAAUUUGAGACUCUUUGAGCCCAGAGCUUUUUCAAGAAGGGGUAUCCUGUUGGUUUACCUAUCUGUUUUUAGAUUUAUCAAUACAGUUAUUUGCUUUUAGAACACCCUGACUUACUGGAUUGAGUGAACGUUGUUAAUAACUUAAACAAGACAACUUGGUUCUGACAGCCUGACAGCAUGCCACUUAGUCAUUACAACUUUCACACAUACAUAGAUGUUUGACUCCGAUUUUGGGAUUGCAUCAGAAUGUAUUUGUUCUGGGGUCUACUCAUUUUCGGGGACUUUAGGCUAAGAAGGCCAAAUAAUAUAUUCCUCUUGCUAAAUGAGUUUGAGGUCUGUAGUUUAAUUGACAGACCAGGUUUUUUUCCACUUGGAUUCAUAGCCCAAGAAGUGUAAAAUGCACAAGGCAUAAAUCCAAAAAAAAAAAAAGGUUCCAUAACUUAAAGUACAGACUUAGAAAACUAGGUUAGUCAUAUAUUAAUAAUAUUUUUGGGUGGAGAAGACCUAAACUCAACCAGUAGGUGGUACAGAGAAAUAUACCCUGCUAAAUUGACCAAUCAAAGCACAUGAAGCAGCUGAGAAUCUAUAAUAAGUUACUUUAGAUUGCAAAUAGAUUAUUUUAAUCCUUUACAUCCUAACAUCAGCAUUCAUAUUCUCCAUACUGUUCUCUGUACAUCUACUAAGGUGCUGACAAGGAGAAUUCAUCUAACAGUCAAGGGUUUCUUUAGUUGGAGAUCAAUUCCUUUAUUCUCGUGACAUUGAUGUGUGGUUCAGAGGUGAUAUUGUAAGGAGAAAUUAGAUGCUAGUCACUGUUAGGGGUUAAAGGGUUAAAGUAACUAAAAUAGCUCUUAAUUUUAUCAGGAAUACCACAGGAACAGCAUGUCCCAAGGGAAACAACAACAACAACAACAACAACAACUGGUGGUGAGUAGAGUUCCACAGUUAGUUUUUUAAAUACCUUUCAUGUCCAAGAUCUUAGUAUUUAUUUAGGUCAUUGCUCUAUCUUCCAUAUAUUUCCUACUAACAAUUUUAGCUCUAUUGAUUUGGAUUUAAAUCCCACCAUAACCCCUACUUUACAUUUUGAUUAAUUUCUCCUAAUCAUUGUUGCACUUUCUUUGUGGUCACACCUUGGAGCUAAACAGUUAAGGGAGCUUAACUCAACUUUUUGUUCAUCUACUAAAAUUUAGCUUGGACUGUGCACCAAGCAGGGACCAUUUUGGUCAUCAUGUUGAAGCUGCAAGCAGCCAUUAUGGGGUACAGGAAAAAAAAAAAAAAAUCAUAGUGUAGAGAUAAUUGUGUACCAGUUGUCAUCUUGAGGAAGGAAUGGCCCAAAAGCACAAAGUUUUUUCCCCUAAGAGAGGAGUGUACAUUAAGCAACACCAGAACAAAUAGAGACUCAAAGUUCCACUUGAAAUAAAAUUUAUAAUUGUUUCUUUAGCAGUUCAUUCACCUUGUCAAGAGACUGGGGAUGAUAUCAAUUACAAGGCAAAGUCUGGUUAUGUACUGGUAAUUAAUAACUACAUCUUCCCCAAGAGGCCAGAUGGUGAACGCCAUUGGUCAGGAGAAGAUGUGAAAGGUCUCAAGAGUCUCUUUGAUGAUUUUAAUUUCACUACCAAGAUUUAUGACAACUUGGAACAAAGAGAAAUCAAAGGAUUACUGCAAGAUACAUCAGAGAAAGACUUUGGCAGAUAUGACUGUUUUGUUUGUGUUAUCCUUAGUCAUGGUUCCAAAGACAGAAUCUAUGGCACUGAUGAUAUUUCAAUCAACAUUGAGGCAAUUACUUCCUGUUUUCGCCGAAAUGAGUGCCCAUCUCUUGAAGGGAAACCAAAAAUAUUUCUGAUCCAAGCUUGCCGUGGCAGUCAACAGGAUGUGCUAACUAUUGAGAGCGACAGCGAGCCUAUUCCACGCGCAAGCUCAUCUCUGCCAGCUGAUGCUGAUUUUCUGAUCUGUUUUGCCUCAGCUCCCAAUCAUCAAAGCUACAGGCAGCCAGAAAUUGGUUCUUGGUUUAUUUCAGCAAUUGUUAAAGUCUUCAAAAAGUAUGCAGAAAGAGAGCACCUCAUGGAUAUGAUGCUGAGGGUCAAUGACCGUGUUGCUAAUUAUUUAGGCCAAAUGGGCCAAACAAGCCUCAAGCAAAUUCCUUGCCAAGUCUGUAUGCUGAGAAGGAAAGUGUUUUUCAAUCCUACUCAUAACACUCCAUGA